AUGGAUUAAUUCAGAGACAAAACCUCUAUAAUCAAUCAAAUCCGCACAUGUAACGAUUUCUAAAAUUUUUAAAGCUAAUCUCUGUUUUACCUGCAUUUAUAAUUAUACACAAAAAUUCUUUCAUUACAAAGUGAAUCUUUAAGGUUCUCAAAACAAGAUAAANCAAUUAUUUACAAACUUUAAAAACUUAUCCAAAUAAUAUGAUGAUUCUAUCUCUUGUUUGUAAUUAUCUAGAUCUGAAACUAUCAGUAUGAAAACAGACAUUGAAUCCAAUUUCGAUGGAAUACUAAGAUAAAUGUAAAAUGAACCUUUUAAUGAAAUCAUGACUAGCUAUAAUCAGAAUCUUCAAUUAUUCAUUGAUAGAACUGAUUCCAUUUCAAAAACACCCAUUGAAGUAUUUAAAGUUACUCUUAAUGAACCUAUCAAUAUUACACAUCUUAUCACUGUUCAUUCGCUCAAAACUUGUUUAAUUAAAAAAAAUCUAUAAGAAAUUAAAAAUAAAAUUGAAUCCAAUGACAGUGUCUAUGUCAGUUUCGAAAACAAAGAUCAAUUCACACAACCUAAAUUACCUAAAAUGGCUCCAUCUUUAAGUAAAACACCUAAAAAAGAUCAUGAUUAUGUGUCUCCAUUUGAAAUCAAAACAGAAGAAAUCUAUGAAGAAGGACAUUCUUAAAUGAUAGAAAGAGAUGACAUUGAAAAUUCCUAUUAAAUGAUGCUCAUUGAUAAUCAAUCAGAAUCCGAAGAUUUAAAACCUGAACCAGACAUCCUCAAAUCUUUUGGACCAUCCAAUUCAUCCAAUUAUAGUACAAAUAAUACUUUAAUCCCAAAUAAUAAAUUAUUGGUAUCUAAAAUCAUUUCAAGAGUUAAUGAUAAAAAUGACAAAAAAAUUGAUAAAAAUUAUGCCUUCAAAGGAAUCAAUACUUCCCUAAAACUUGUAUGA